AUGGACAAAUCGCACGGCUACGAGACAAUCGCACACGAAACAUUUUCGGAACUGCUAGACUCAUACAGAGAGCUCGUCCCCAGCAAGCUCGAUGAAUUGGAGGAACAGCGUCUCCAAACCAUCCCGAAAUCACUAUCGGAAAGGACCGACGACGCAUGUUUGAACAAGGCAGAGGUGCAAAAGCUGGUAGACUGGAAACUCGGCCAUGGCACUUUCAGACCCUCUUUGCGCAAGCUCGUCGACUCAAACACAGACGAGACAGUGGAGAAGUGCACACGAGAAGCGUUCGAGACCUACGACAAGGACAACGAGCAGUGGGACAAGGCGGUGGCGAUGAUGGCCAAGGGGCUUCGUGGCGUAGGACCCGCAACAGCCUCGCUCCUCCUCAACACUUACGACGGCGACAAAGUGCCAUUCUUCUCGGAUGAAUUGUACCGUUGGGUCAUGUUCUCCGAGGGCAAGGGCAACGGAUGGGACCGAAAGAUCAAGUAUUCGGCAAAGGAAUACCAAGAGCUGUACAAGAGAGUGGAGAUGUUACGAGAGAGAUUGGGCAAAGAGAGCGACCAGACGAUCACGUCAGUUCAGGUGGAAAUGGUAGCGUACGUGCUAGGACGGAGACAGAUCGGGGGAACGAAGAGAAAGGAGAUUGAUGAAGAAGAGAAAGAGGUGGUUGAUGAAAAGGCAGAUGAAGACACGACUAGAAAGAGACGAAGAAGAAGGGUAUAG